AUAAUAUGAAAAUUGAUCCGAAUGAUCCAUUUAUCACCAAAAUUCGUUCAAACCCAAGAAUUCUCUCAACUAUUCAAGAAUUGGUUCAACUUUUGCAAAGCAAAGGUGUCGAUCUUAAUAGUGGUCAGACGCCAUCGAUGAUACAAAUGGCCAAGCUUGCGAGUGAUAAAGAAGUGUCAGCAAAAUUGGUCAUCAUUGACUCGCAACUUCGUGAAGCUGGUAUCACGCUUGACGGAGAAACUGCACGGCG